AUGGCGGGGCGCGGCGACGACGACGAAUGGGACGAUGACGUUCCGCUGGGGGGUUCUUUCCGCGGUCCCGCUUCCGCGCCUUCCGCCGCGCGGAUCCCUCCCUCGGGGUUCGCCGCAGGCGGCAGAGGCGUUGGCGGAAGGGGGAGCAUGGACGGCGCGCGCGGGCAGGGUAGGUUUCGCGGCAUGCUUCCCGCUAUUCCGCCGAAUCCGCUUCACGGGGGAUCUCCGUUCCCCCGUCCGCCCGCUGGUUCCGGCAGCACAGGCCACACCGGCCAACGCGCCCCCUCUGCCCAUGCCAGCCAUGCUGCCAGCUAUGCUGCCAGCAAUCCUGAUAAAAUUAGGGUUGGGGGAAUGGACGAGUAUAGGGGUGGCCAAAGGGGCUUAAGCGGGUUGGGAGGCGGGGGGGAACGGAGAGGGGAGGGCAAGGUGGGCGGGAGAGCCGUUGACGUGGGGGGAGGCUUGGCGGGUGAUUGGGAGGGCGAGCAGCAGGAGAGACGCUACAACCCGUUUCACCAGCAGCAGCAGCAGCAGCGGCAGCAGCAACAGCUAGAGUAUUUAGAGGAGGGCGCGGAGGAGGGGGACGAAGAGGCGGAGGGGGAAGAGGGGGACGAGUCAGAGGAAGAUGUUCCGCUCAACCAGCGCAGGGGGGGCGCGCAGCACAGCGCGGAUGGGGGCGACGGGGGGCCGCUGGCGGGCAGAGGCGCAGCGGGAGGAGUGCCUGCUCCAGGGGGGGGCGCUGGGCGCGGGAGGGGGCGGGGGAGAGGACGAGGAGGGGGAAGAGGGGCGGUGGGGGGAAGGGGAGGCGGGGAUAGCUUGGGGGGGGAGGGGGGCGCGCCUGCUGCUCCCCUGAAGCGCAAGUCGAGUGGGCCACUGCCUCCCCCGCCACACCCAUCCGUGCGCCAGCAGCAGGGGCUUCUUGAAAACGAGGAUGCUUAUAACGGAGAUGGAGUGCACGGAGAUGACUCUAUAGCGAGUGAAAGCGCCCCUGGCAGGCACUCCGGCAGUCCAGGGAAGGGGCUGGGGAGAGGACGGGGGCGGGGCAGGGGCAGGGGUAGGGGCAGGCUUGGGGGAAGGACAGUGGAGGAGGGGGAAGCGGAAGGGGGAGGAAGGGGAGGACAAGCAGGAGAGUUGGGGGGAGAGGGAGGGGGUGACGUUCUUGGGGAGAGUGGUGGUCUUUUGUCCCCUUGGCGGGGCAGGGGGAGGGGGAGGGGGAGGGGAAGAGGAAGGGGAGGAGGGCGGGGGAGGGGAGGGAGCGCUGCAGGGAAAGAGGCGAGUGAGGAGGAAAUAGGGGUGAGCAGUGAGUGGGAGGAAGGGGAGGGGUAUGGGCGCAGAGGGGACGCGUAUGGAGACAGGCAUGGCGGGCGGUAUAACGAGUCAGCAGCGGCGGAGAGAGAGGAGUUUCCAGGGCGGCUGCGACUGACUGAGGAGGCACACUCGCCCUUCCCCCUGCUGCCCCCGCCCCCCACCCCUCCUGCUGCAGACCCAGCAGCAGAGACAGGCACAGGCCGCGGGCACACCCUGCAGCUGCAGCGGCAGGAAGAGGAGCAGCAGGAGGGGCAGGAGCAGAAGCAGGGCAAGCGGGCAUGCGACACGGCGUCAAGUCUGGCUGCUCGGUUUGCAGCUGCCAUGAGCGCGGGUGCUGCAGGGGAGGGGUCGCUGGCGGACGAGGCAGCUGCCAUUGCUGCCGCCCUGCCCGCGCCAAGGGUGUGGGACCAGACGAGCCUGGACAGGAUCUCGACCGUUGAUCGCGAGGAGAAGAUCCGACGGCUGGAGUCGCAGUGCAUGGACGAGUGUGUGCAGCUGUGCCGCGACCUCAUCGUGCGCCAACGCCUCUGGCACCAGGACAUAGUGGAUGCGGGCAAGCCGCUGCCGCCCGUCAAGCUCUGCCCCAUCGUGCCUCCCCUCGACCUUCUCGCCGGUACAAGGGACGAGCUCCGCCCUCCUCUGUCUCUCCCUCCCCUCACCAUCACGCCUCUCCCACCACACCCUGCAUGCUCCCACCACACCCUGCAUGCUCCCACCACACCCUGCAUGCAUUUGCCCACCCCCGUGCCUCCUCCCUCGCUGCUCCCUCCCUCACACUGCGCGUGCCUUUCCCUGCCUGCACCUCAUUCAAGCAGCCUUCCCCCUCCCCGCACCCCCCUCCCCGUGUCAUCCUGCCCGCACCCCCCUCGCCGUGUCAUCCUCCCCGCACCCCCCUCGCCCUGCCCGCACACGGCAGACCCCGUGAGCCCGCCUGCGCUCCCUCGCCUCCACUUCCACUCGCUCCUCCCGCUCCUCCCCCCCGCCAUGCAACUUGCUGCGGGGGCAACCGCGCCUGCUGCUGCUCCUGCUGGUGGGGGGAGGGGAGUGAAAGGGGAGGCAGGGGCAGGUGUGGGGGCGGGCAGUGCAGGGGGGCGGGGAGGGCGGGGCAGAGGAGGGCGAGGGAGAGGGAGGGGAGGGAGGGGAAUGAAGCCGGCGGGCUGGGAUGCUGAGCCUCCCGCUGCCGUGUGUGCUGGUGGCGAGUCAGCUGAAGGUGGGGCGGUGGUGGCGGGUUCAAGGGUGAAGGCAGAGGCGGGCGAGACGGAGUGGGAGGAGGAUGCACCAUUGGGGAGGCAGCAGCAGCAGGGGGGGGUCAAGAGGCCGCUGGGGCAGCAGGGCGGAGCUCUUGUGGUGGCUCGGCCGAAGCAGAUGGUUCGGCGGAUGCUGGUGUGGCGGGCGAAUGAGCGCGAGGCGCUGAGAAAGGCCGUGCUGGCGUUCGGGUUGACCCGACUCUCCAUGGUAAGCGAGGGGGAGGGAAGAACGGAGCGGGGGCUUGUGCGUGCUGUGAGUGGUUGGUCACCCUCCACCGCCACCACCAUGCCAUACCGCACUCCGCUCCACGCCACCAACCCUCCCUCCCUCCCUCCCUCCCUCCCUCCCUCCCUCCCUCCCUCCCUCCCUCCCUCCCUCCCUCCCUCCCUCCCCCGCUCCCCACGUAUCUCUCCCCCCUCCGUGCGCUCCCCAUGCGAUCAGGUGCAGAGCAGCAUGCGGGCGAGCAUGAGGAGCGAGCGGCACGGGGCGGGCGAUGUGGUGGACGCCACGUGCCACUUCCUGCGCGCCUGCUCCACGCUGCAGCCCCCCGACGCCCUCGACCCGCGCGACCUCGCGUGGGCGCAGCGCCGCCUCGCCCACCUCGCGUCCCUCGCCCACGUGCCCCUGGGCGUGCCGGGGGACACUAGGGGCAGCGACGGGGGUGAUGACGGGGGUGAUGGUGAGGGAGACGGGGACGCAGCGGGAGGGGGAGACGCAGUGGGAGGGGGAGCGGGAGGGGACGGCAUAGCGCGGCGGGUGGGGUGGUGGGAGCGGGUGCUGGUGGCGAGCUGUGCGCGCACGUGGCUGCGCCGCCUGCGCCUGCUGGAGCAGCUCGUGCGUGGGGGGGGAGAGGUGUGGGUCAGGGGGCAGGGUGGUAUGGGGGCAGGGUGUUAUUGCGUUUUUACAACAAGCAACCAACCCCCCUACCUCCCUUUCCCCUCUCUCCCGUCCUCCGUGCCUCUCCUCUUCCUCCCUUUGGGGGCCCCCAAUGGUGGUGGGACCUCGCACGAGCACGAGGUGCUGGGAUUCAUGGCGCGCAGCAGCGGCUUCACCAUGGCAUGCCACCACGUCGCAGCGCUCACCGACGCCACGCUGCCCGCCCAUUGGUGGGCGCGCGACGCUGACCUGGCGCUGCUGCUGGGCGUGGCGGCGCACGGGUACGGCGCGUACGAGGCCGUGUAUGGCGAUGCGGACCUGGGGAAGUACAUUCGCAAGCCCCGGGGGGACAGGGGGGAGGGGGGGGAGGGGGGGGAGAGGGGGGAGAAGGGAGAGAAGGGGGAGCAGGAGGGGGGGCCGGGCGAGGGGGAGGGGUGGCUGGACGCAUACACGUUGACGCGGCGGUUGAAGCGCCUCAUCGAGCACCUCGUGCGCAUCAAGCGAACGCUGGCCAAAAAGCCGCAGCCUGCACCCGCCCUAGUGGGACCUCCCCCCGCCUUCACCCCCGCCCACUUCAAGCGCGCCCUCCCGCCUGCCUCCGAUGCCUGGGCUGCCCCCGGUGCCGCCGCCGCCGCCGCCGGUGCUGCUGCCGCCCCUGGUGCUGCUUCCGUUGCUGGCGGUGAUGGCGGGGAAGUAGGGGGAAUUGGGGCACGAUGGGCCGCACGGGGGAGAGGGAGGGUAGGCAGGGGAAGGCGAGUGGGAAGUGGGGGGAGAGGAGGGCGGGGGGAUCAGGGGCACGGAAUGGGGAAGGGAAGAGGAGGAGGGAGAGGAAGAGGGGGGGAAGCAGGAGGACGGUAUGAGGAAUACGGGGGGGAUGAGGAGGAGCAGUGGGGAGGGGAAGUGGAACACGGUGAGGAAUACGGGGAAGAGGGGGAUGACGGCAUGGGGGAGGAGGAGUGGAACGAGGAUACUCCUGUAGGGCGCGGUGGGGGGCGAGGGGAGGGCGGGCGAGGCGGUGCGGAGAGAGGGGGAGGGGCAAGGGGGCGGGGAAGGGGCCGCGGCAGGGGACGGGGAGGAGGGAGAGGCGGGGCAGCGGGUGGAGGGGCAGCCACCGCUGCUGAUGGGAGUGGAGGGGGUGGAAGGGGGAGGGGGAGAGGAGGGCGGGGGCGUGGUGGCACGAGGGGGGGCGGAAGAGGUGCAGGAGCGGUGGAGAUGGGUGUUGGAGGGGGGGAGAGAGAGGGGAAGGGCGGUAGGGGAGGGGGCGGAGAGGGCGAGGAGAUGGAGUGGGAGGGGCAGGCGGGGGAGGGGGGUGAGGGUGGCCGCGCACGGGCGCAUGGGGCAGGGUGGGGGCACGGGCAUGGGCAAGGGCAUGCAGGGGAGGGGCGAGGGGAAGGGAACAAGGCAGCGCAGGGGGGGGUGGACGCGGUGUGGAGCCGCAAGGAGAAGCUGGAGCUGCUGCGCCUGCUCAUGCUGUGGGGGCUGCCCGCUGAGCAGCAGCAGGGCAGCAGCAGCAGCGGCAGCAGCAGUGUGAGCUGGCAGCAGCUGCGCGACCACUCGCACGUGCCGUCCGUGCUCGCCAGGUCAGCAGCCUCCGUGGCGGCGUGCUUCGAUGACGUCAUCGCUGAGAUGCAGCGCCGCCUGCAGGGCCUGCCUGCCUCCUCGCCCUCCACCCCUGCCACCGGGCCUGGCGCUGCUGGCGGCGCUGCUUCUAGCUCUGGCUUGGCAGCAGCAGCAGGAGGAGAGGAAGGAGAGGAAGGAGGGGAAGGCGAGGAAGGGGGUGGUGGUGGCGUGUCGGGCAAGAGGACAUUUGCGCUGGGAGAAAGCCACCCUGCCUCCUGCCCGGUAAUGUGCUGUGGCGCACCAUCUGCCAUGUGGCGCACCAUCUGCCAUGUGGCGCACCAUCUGCCAUGUGGCGCACCAUCUGCCAUGUGGCGCACCAUCUGCCAUGUGGCGCACCAUCUGCCAUGUGGCGCACCAUCUGCCAUGUGUGCAUCCCACUGCUCCCUUUGUAUUCCUUUUUCCAACGCUCCUCAUACACACAUGCCACCACCUCCGCCUCAACCGCUCUUCCUCCUUCCUCUCUGCCCUGGACUGCCCUCUGUUUCGCCCCUGCCGCCCCGCGCAGUCCGUGAGUUGAUGCCAAAACCUUUUCCCUUUUCCUUUUCUCCCGCUGCUCCACUCCUCCGGCCGUUUCUCCUGCAUGCAUUGCCCCUCUGCUUCUCCAACCUUUCAUCUCCCACCGCGGCGCUGCAUUCUCCCCCCCUCCACCAGGAGCGGCUGCUAGAGCGGUUGGAGGCGGUGGAGGUGCUGCGGCGGGCGGUGGCGGUGUUUGGCGGGGACUGGUUCCGGCUGGGCCUGUCCACGUACAAGUCGCACGACCUGCCCGCCUGGUGGCGUGCCGGCAUCCACGAUAAAGGGCUUGUUAAGGGCAUAUUCUUGCACGGGUACGGGGCGUGGGCGGCCAUCAUGAAGGACCCCGAGCUGCCCUUCGCGGCGCUCAUCGCGCCCAGCAAGGCCGCCAAGGGCAAGGCGGGGCCGCGCAAGGCCGCGGCAGAGGCGGAGGCCAGUGGCGCCGGCGAGGGCGGGAGAGGCGGCAGCGAGCAGGAGGACGAGGACGGGGGGGGCGGGGGAACGGCAGGGGAGGGUGCGCCGAAGGCGAAGGUGCUUGUGAGGAGAGUGAAGUAUCUGGAGAAGAUGUUGAAGCGGCAGCUCAUCAAGCGUGAUAGCUCGGGGCCUCGUAAGCGCAUGUCCGCUGCUGCCAAGGCCUAUGCUGCCGCUACCGCUGCCGCUGCCGCUGCUGCUGCCGCUGCUGCUGCUGCAGCUGUUGGUGGUGCUGCUGGUGAUGCCAAGCCUGCUGCUGGCACUCUCAGUGGUGCCGCUGCUGCUGCUGACGUGGACGCAGAGCAGCAGCGAGUGCAUGGACACAUGGCUCCUGCUGGUUGGCUGGCAGGUGCACUCAGGGCUGGAGAAGGGGGAGAUGUGGGAGGCGGCAGGGGAGCAAGUGGGGGAGGAAGUGGGGGAGGAAGCGGGGGAGGAGUGAGCCUGGAGUUCUCACUAGAGAGGGGCGCGGGUGCUGCAGGAGUAGGUGGGGGGGGAGCACGAGGUGUUCAUCCGAGUGGCGCUGUUGCUGCUGGGCGUGGUGGUUCGGCCAGAAUUGUGGAUGGAGGUUUAGGCUUGGGAAUAGGAGGUAUUGGAGGAGGUAUGGGUGGAGGUAUGGGCGGAGGUAUGGGUGGGCUCGACCUGAAUUUGGUCUUGGACGAGGGCAUGGAGGAGGACUAG